UUAAGUCAUUAUUAGAAAAAAAAAUUUUUAAGUCAAGUUACUCAACAAAAUAAGUGAUGUUAAGUUUCAUUUUUAUGAUUAUAUGUAUCAAGUUUUCAACGGUUUUAUCGCACCACAAUGUCCAAGUUAAAUAUUGGCCAUUAGCGCCUUAUAUUUUUGAAAAAAAUAAUAAAACAACCGGUAUGCUAGUAAAAUUGAUGGAAAAACUGGAUUCCUUCUGCGAAAAUCAGUAUCAAUUCAACAUGUCAGCAACUUUUUCAAAAGUAGCUGAUACUCGCGCAAGUUUUUCUGAGUUAAACUUAACCGCAUCUGUUGGUUCAGAUCAAUUAAUGAUAUGGGGGCCCUAUAUUUCUAGCCAAACAACAAGCGAGCUAAAUAGGCAAUACCAAGGCAUGUACACAGCUGUAGAAUUUUUUAAAGGAAAAAAUAUGGUUGUUGUAGUAGAUAAAAAAAAAAUCUAUCUGUUGCAUAAAAUUUUAGAUUCUCUUAUAAUAAACUCAACAGUUGUCAUAAUAUUACUUGUUAUGUCCAUGUAUACUGGAAUUUUAAUAUGGAUAAUUGAGCAUCGAGAUAAUUCAGAAUUUCAUCAGUCGUUUUACAAAGGAGCUGGAACUGGAGUUUGGUGGAGUUUUGUUACUCUUAUGACUGUUGGUUAUGGAGAUGUUAUUCCUAAAAAAUUGAUUGGUCGAACUUUAGCAAUAUUUUACAUAAUUUAUGGAGUGUUUAAUUGUAAUCUUAUGAUAGCAUUAAUUACUGACUCAAUAUUUGGAGAAUCUGGAAUCAGCAUAAGUAAAAAAAAUGUUUCAGUGUUAAAUGAUUCAGCAGAGGAAAGGAUAGCGCUCUAUGAUUUUAGUGCAACGGUUAUAAAAGCUAACUCUUAUGAAGAUGUAAUUCAAAACUUAAAGAACAAAAACAUAUUUGCUGCUCUCAUUAAGGAAGAUGUUGCAGCGUGGGUGGAUCCGUCCAUUAUAAAUUCAAAUGAUACUUUGGCGGUUGUUUUAAGAUACCAAAGGGAGUUUUCAAUUAACUUUCUUAUAACACGCAACGAAUUUUUGAAAGAGUACACUUCAUGUUUCAAAGCGUUUGAAAAAGAACAAUACACAGUUCCGGAAAAUAUGUUUAAAAAAGUUUUGCAGACAGAAACGGUUUACUUUCCGAGGUGGUUAGAAUACUUUAAAGAUACAUAUUUGCAAUCUCUUUUUGCAGUUGCUUCUUGCGUUAUUAUUUUCGCUCUUAUUUUUGAUAUGAGAAAAAGAAAAAUUAAAAAUGGCAAAUAUAUUCUGCCACAGUUUAAUUGACAUUAACAUUACCUAUUCUUGAGAGACAACCUCUCUUAUGCUUGUUAAUAUUAAAACCCGUUGAAAUUAUUGACAUAAAAACAUGAUAAUUUUUUACCUUUGCAGCUGCUCAGUGAAAGAUACUUGGUGAAUUUAAUGCAUAAAUAAAAAGUUGAUUUUCAUCCAAGAUUUUCAUUGGUUCCUUUUACUUUAGAUAUUUUUUUGUAUACAAAGAUUAUUUUUUUAUGUUAAAACUCAUAUCAAUAUGAUUUAUAAAAUUUCAAUAUAAUAUGUAGAUGAAAAAUUCAGCAACCAGGUUAUUAAGAAUUUACUUAGACAAAACUUUUUUUAUUUAUAAAUACAGCAACUAGUGAUGGCUAUCCCGGGAUCGAGGGAUCCCAAAAUCCCGGGAUUAGUCUCCGAAAUUUCCCGGGAUUUCGGGAUCGUCAAAAAAAAAGGAAAAGUUAAUAAAAUUUAAGCUUAUAAUUUUAGUUUAGUAAUUUUUAUAUCGUCUUUGGUAUAAUAGUCAUUUGGUAGUGUAAUUAUUUAUUCUC